AUGGCGCAAACCCCACGAGGCCGUAGUCCCAGUGCCGUGGAGGAUAUGCUGGAUGUAGAGAACAAGCGUAUGGCAGACAGCCUGGCCAACAAGGUCACCAGGCUGAAGUCGCUGGCUCUGGAUAUCGACAAAGAUGCUGACGAACAAAACCGUUACCUGGAUGGCAUGGAUUCAGAUUUUAUGAGUGUGACUGGCCUGCUAACCGGCAGCGUGAAGCGUUUCUCCACCAUGACGCGGUCCGGGAGGGAUAAUCGCCAGUUGCUCUGUUCUGUUUCAGUUUUUUUUGUUGUUUUCUUCAUCCUCUACUAUCUUGUGUCCAAAGCAGGGACUUGA